AUGAUGCGCCGGGUGGAAUCGUCACCCAGCUCCAGAGAAGAACUCUCGCGCGAAGGUACAGCAAUGGAGAGGAUCGUCUCACCACCGGGAUGCCGACGCUUUUGUCCCUUCAGAUUCAAUUGUGGCCUGUUUCGGCGAGGUCUUGUUGACGACCCCAAACCCCGCUGGCGACACGAACCAGGACAUGAUCCACGUCAGGCUCUUCACCGGCAGGUGUGUCUGCAUCCGCCGAGGCUGCGUCGCAUGUGUGCCGGCCUACUCCCUGCGGAUGCGAGGGCGGGCCAGGGAGGCCGUGAAUAGCCACACGUGGCCGGUUCACAUCUUGAGGGCAGUCCACGGCUUCCCUCCCCUUUCCAGGAGACUGUCUGCUGCGAUGGUCAGGGAGGCGGCGUUGGGGGCGGGUGCAGCUGCUGGUGCGGCCGCUACGGGACUAGUCACGAGUUCAAUGAUCGGCGCUGCUGCUGCUACUGGUGGGUGAGGCGGUAGGGGGGAGGCAAUGACCGCAUGGUGCCACUCACGCUCAUCACUGCGUACGGUGUGUGUUGUCUGUCGGGUUGGCUGUUGUCAGGAACGGCAGGAGCCGCGGCAACCAACGAGUGGCCUCGCAACGAUAGGAGGGGCGGCAGGCCUGGGAGGGAUGACUGGAGGCAUUGGAGUGAUUACCUUCAUUCCGGCGGCGCUGACUGCCAUCUCUAUGCGCUCACUCGUCAGGCUAUGGAGGGAUGACGCAACCACCGCAAACGCCACUGGCAUCGGCGCGGCAACCGGUGGCCUUGCGGGAGCUGUUGGCAGUGUGGGCCUCGUCUUAUCAAGUGAGAUGCAUGCAACACGGAGAGAGACUGACACAUGACAUGCACGUAAUAUGGUGGUUCUGCUGCUGGUGUCUGUGCAGGUGGAUCUGGGUCAGGUCUGAGUGCUGCGAGCAUCGCCUCAAGGCUGGCGUCCCUCGGAGGCGGGUCCAUUGCAGCGGGUGGAGGUGGGAUGCUGGCCGGCCUGUCGGUCCUCACCCUCGGCACGAUGGGCGUCGCUGCAUUGGCAGGGGGCGCCUCCUGGGGCGUCGCCGAAGGCACUUUGUACUUGCUCGAAAUCAACUUGAGGAAUGACAUCAUGCGCCUACAGAGACAGGGGGUUGUCUUCCCGGAUGUGAUGUGACGCGGGGGCGGGGCACUCCUGUCAACAGUGUGCUUUUUCGAUGCUUGGACAUUCUGUCCUCCACAUGCCAUGUGGUUCUGAGUCAGUUUGUAGUACGAAGCACUGGACAGGAUGCAUGUUGUGCCUGUGCGGCGGUACUGUAGCCUCUGUGCAGGUUGUGCACGUGCGCGCCUGUCUGUCUGUCUGUCUGUCUGUGUGCGUGUAUGCAUAUGCUCGUGGUGCAUUCGAUCCCAUUACUCUUGGUGUGUGAGCGUGUGUGAUUGUCCGUUGGUUUUCCUCUCGACUGUCUCUGGGCUGUAUUCGUGUGCUGCGCCACUGGCACAACGAAAUACAAUCCACAAAGAGACGAGGGGCGGCCGCAUCUGCGGAUGUCUCUUCCGGUUUGUGCAUGCAUGCCGAUUGCUUCUCAUAAAGUGCUUGCGCAAAUAUAGGCUUGUGAGGGGGUUUGUCUUGGAGACUGUCCAGCCAGACAGAAUGUCGGUGUUAGUGUUGCAUGCGUUGGUGUGUCAGGGGACAAGACGACGGGAGCAUUGCAGAUGUGUACGGGUGCCUGGUGGGUCAAGAUGGGACGCUGAUAAAUGCAUGUCUCGGCUGCCGCGCGUGUGCUGACGACAGUGAGCAACCCGCGAGACAGAUUUCUCGCGGGUUGCCGCGAGAAAUUUGUAUGGGAGGCAUGGCUGGCCACCAACAACGACAACCAACAAACAGCCAUGCGAUUUUCUUCGGCGGCCACGAUCGGUAAACGAGACGAUGAGGAGGGGAC